AUGACGUCUAAGCAGUUUAAAUUACAACUAAUACAGUACUCUUUAGCUGAAUUAGGGUAUAGUAAUCUAUCCGAACAGAUAUCUGGUGAUAUCAGCUCAAACUCCAUAAGCCAUGAAUCAGAAUCUGCUUAUCAUGAUGAGAAUGAUCAUAAUGAUUUAUUAAAAUUCAUUGAAAGGUUUUAUGAAGAAUUGAGACAUGGUAACUACUCAGCUAUAAUAGAAUAUUUGAACUAUAUAAUGCUACCAGAAGAGAGCGCCAUGAAUGUUGACGAUAUUUCUAAGGAUUUCAGUAGCAUAGGAAUUGACUUUUAUAAAGCAUUGAAUUUGAAGGAUGAUUCUGUUGAUACGAUUGGCGGCAUUUGCACCCUAAUUAUUACAUAUUUGAUCAAAAGAACUUACUUUUUGGAAUGUAUCGUGGUCAAUUCAUUUAAUAGUAGUAAACAACAUAAUCAAGUUGAGUUGUUGGGAGACAUAUCAAAAUAUAGUUUUACUUCAAUUUCUGUUCCAGAUUUGCUAGUUAUAUUGCUGGAUCAUCUAUGUCCUUUAUUGGACGAAAUACAGGAUGCACUCAAGUCCAUAAAUAUAAAUAGGAUUGUUGGACCCAUGUGGAAUUCUAAACCCGAGCUAAUCGAAUUAUUGAAUAGAGAGAAGGAGUCUACUUUAUUGCUUCCGUUAGUUAUGAAGUCGCCAAUAGGUACAACUGACUUGACAAAAUUAGUUUUCAACGAACAAGUACUAUUGGCUGAUUCAAGCAUCAGUCAAAUAUCCUUACCACACAUUCUUGAUGAAUUGAGAACUAUACUAGUUGAUAAGCACUUGAGUGCUAUUUUCAAAGAAAGCUAUAGAAAUCCGUCUACAAAUAAGGCGGCUUUUGAUAUACCACCUAACUAUCUUGACAAGUUGAUCGAAAAUGCUACUGCAUACCAAAAGCAGCAAUCCCCUUACUAUUUACCACCUAGAAUUAAUUCCAACAAGCAAGGGGGAACAUUUCUUCCACCCCUCUAUUGUGAAAUAAAUGAGAAAUACAAAAAAGGCUUCCCAUCAUCUUUAAUAACCACAUUGGAUAAACAUUCUGAUGAAGUUUGGAUUGCUAAAUUUUCUCCUCUGGGGAAACUCUUGGUUACAGGGUCUUUAGAUGGAAGAUUAAUCAUAUAUGAUGUUUUGAAUAAUUUUGAUGUUUUGGCUAUAUUGGAUUCAGAUAUACAAGGAAUCAAAAGUCGUACAAGAAGUAAUAAGGCAGUAAUAUAUUGUUGUUGGGAACCUAAUGAACAAUAUUUAGUGAGCUGCUGUUUAGAUACGGUAGUGAGAGUUUGGUCGAUUAAGGAUAUUAAGAAAGAUAAUAAGAGAAUAACUCGCUCUAUGGAUGUUGAAUUGGAUAGCCAGUCAGCACUAUUAAGGAGUUCGUUUACACUUGGUGAAAGUAUUAAAACGUGGUCGUGUGAGUUUUUGCCUACGACAGCCGAUCCUCAAUUUAUAAUUGGAUCACCAGAUAAAGUGUUAAAGGCUUUCAAUGUUGAUGGAAAAGAGCUUUUCGAUUUUUAUGCUGAUACUGAAGAAAACGGCUUGUACCAUGAUGAGAAGGUUAAUUCGAACGAUACUAAAGAUGGUAAUGACAAGACAGAUUCAUCAAAUGAUGGUGAAAGCAAAGAUAAGACAAGCACUAUACAUAACAACUUUUAUCGAGUAAAUGAUUUAGCAAUAACUCCAGACGGGAAAUUUUUAAUCACCGCAAACGAUGACAAGCAAGUAUAUUUUUAUACUAUUCCUGAUCUUUUAGAUCCAAAUUCAAUAACUACUAAAAUUGCUACUAUAAGCUUAGGUGGAAAAUUGACAUCAUGCUCAAUAUCCUCUAAUGGGAAGUAUUUAUUACUUAGCAUCACGCCGGAGGAGGUUCAAAUCUGGGAUAUUUCGGGAUUGGGAAAAUCAGAAAAACCAAUCUUGAAGAAAAAGUUAAUUGGUCAUAGUCAAGAGAAAUACAUUGUCCGGUCUAGUUUUGGAUAUUUAAGUGACAACCAGGAAGAAUUAGCUAUUAGCGGCAGUGUUGAUGGAUAUAUCUAUAUAUGGAAAAUUGAAACUGGGCAGUUGAUUACUAGAAUAAAAGGUCAUGACGGGCUAUGCAAUUCAGUAGAUUGGAACAAAUAUUAUAUUCCUAAGAAAAACUGCAAGGAUUAUGGUAAGUUGUGGUGCUCAGUAGGCGAUGAUAAAAUAGUUAAGAUAUGGGGUCCCUCAGACUGGAACAAUGAAUGA